AUGCCAGCUAAUGAUCGACAUGCAGCAGCCAAUAGAAUUAUGCAACCAAAUGAGCUGCUUCCAUUUAUAACAAAAACCCCACGGCAAACAACAAGCAAACGAGAAGCUUCAGAUAAUGGUGACGAACCUAAAACUUUCGUUUGUAGACUUUCAAAACCCAAAGAAUCAACAAGAAUUAGAAUAACGUGGUUAGUGGCAUCGAAUAUAGUUAGAAUUGAGAAGGUGAAUGGCAUCCCUAAUCACAGCCAUUCGAUAGAAGAAAAUGAUAUGCAAAAACGAUCAAAAUUUAUUAGAGAUAUG